AUGAUCCAGACGUCAUUGCUCGCGACCGGCCAUGCCGACUUGGUGACCUUCGCAACCUGUUCGGCGGACCAGAAGGUCAAGCUGUUCCGCAAGUCUGCGGAUGGAACAUGGGAUGCUGAGACGGAGUGGAAGGCUCACGACGCUCCUAUCCUGCACCUCUCGUUCGCGCACCCGAUCCACGGCUCACUGCUCGCUACGUGUUCGCACGACCGCACCGUGCGGAUAUGGGAGGAGCUUCCUCUGUCAAACGCCUCAGCUACGGCUCCGCGAUGGGCUGAGCGCGGCAUCCUGUCGGGUGCCAAGGGCUCAGUUCGUGCUGUCGAGUUCGCCCCUCCGAACCCUUCAGUCGGCAUGCGCGUCGGCUCGAUCGCGACUGACGGCCACCUGCGAAUCCACACCUCGCUCGACCCCGAGCUCUCGGACUGGUCGCUGCAGCACGACGUGCACGUCCCCUCCCUCAGCGGGGGAGACGAGGGCGGCGCCUUCCCCCCCGUGACGGUGGACGGGGCGGGAGCGAACGAGCUCUCGACGGGCGGCUGGGGCCUGAGCUGGUGCAAGGAGCGGUGGUGGGGCAGUGUCCUUGCCGCGUUUGCGGGCACGAGUCCCGCAGUCAAGGUGAUCCAGCUGGACCCGCAGCCGCGCACGCUCGCCGUCCUCAAGCCGCAGAGCACGUCGCCGCUCACGAGCGUCGCGUGGGCGCCCUCGUGUGGCCGGAGCUACCACCUCCUCGCGACGGGCGCGCGUGACGGAACAGUGCGGAUCUGGCAGCUGGCCCCGCCAGAGGACGAGAGCGGCAAGCAGUGGAGCUCCGAGAUGAUUGCCGAGUUCCCCAAGGGCGCGCGCGUCAGCAUGGUUGCGUGGAACGCGACGGGAACCACCCUUACGACGUCGGACGACGAGGGCGUCAUCCGCAUCUACAAGCCGACGUACGCCAAGAACUGGAAGCUGCUCGGAAAGAUGACGGCAGAGGACCCCAUGUCCCAGCCGCAGACAGGCGAGGCGUAG